AUGGCUGCCUCCUCACGAGAGUCGACUGCAACUUUGAGACAAGAAUCCCAAGGCACUUUGUAUCAAGAUAUUGCCCCUGAUGAGGUCUCUGUCGAGUUGCUCAAUGACGAUUCUGACCAUCCGAGCUCGAGAAGACUGAUCAUUGCUGUCGAUUUCGGUACGACGUUUUCAUGUGUUUCUUAUGUAGCUCUCGAAGAGGAUGACGCCACAGAGUACCUACCACUGGACAGAAUCAAAACAAUUCAAAAUUAUCCUAAUGAUUUCGACAACAACAACGAUGACCCCAUGAGCAAGCAGGUUCCGACCGAAAUCCUUUACACGUUGAAUCAGACCUGCCGCGAUACCUCCCGUGCGGACAACCCGAGCAGUGAAGAACGGAUGGACGACUUGACAAAUGAAGAAAAUAGCUCUAGCUCAGAUGCACCUGUGUCCCCGAUGGAUGUGGAUGAAGAGGGCAAUGAUGUUUCAAUGGGAUGGGGCUAUGAUGUCCAUGAUGAUCGUCGCACAUCGGCAGUGCACAACGACCCGAACAAAAAGCUGUUGAAUCGAUUCAAACUUUUACUCGACCAGAGUCCAGACACUGAUUAUAUCCGAGCCGAGUUGAGAGAAACGCUUACGUUGCUGAAAAAGAAAAAGAUCAUCAAGGGACCACUGCAGGUUAUUGCCGACUUUUUGACCUGUCUUCUUCAGCAUACGAAAUCAGAACUUCUCCAAGAAGGCUUUGAUGACAAUUGGAGGAAAGAGAUGGUAUUAUGUGUGCCGGCAAUCUGGAGCCAGAAGGCAUGCCGUGACAUGCAGACGGCUAUGGCUAUUGCCAUGGAGAGGACAAAUUUCGGUGGAGUUGAUGCACAGAACAACAGCAUUGAGAACUUGUUCAUCGUCUCAGAGCCAGAAGCUGCUGCUACCUAUGUCUUGGCAAGCGAUCCGGACAUCCAGGCUGGCGAUACAUUUGUGCUGUUGGAUGCAGGUGGCGGUACUGUAGAUGCCAACACCUACACGAUCAGCAGAACAACACCCUUGCGACUGACCCGAGAGGUAGUUGAGCCCGGUGGCGGGUUGUAUGGUUCAAGUUACCUCAAUGAAGGUUUCAAAAGACUGCUUCAUGACAUUCUGAAGGACGAAGAGUAUCUCGAAGACGCGCACGAAAGAGACAACAGCCGCGAAACUAUCGAGGGAAUCAUCGAGAAGAUCACGAUCAACGAGUUCGAGUAUAGAAUCAAGAGGAACUUCAACAUCUACGAUUCGAGGAUAAAUAAAUGGCGUCGGAAGUUCGACGUGUCCUCGCGGCUUCGCCAUAAUCCUGUCAAGCAUUUCUCUCAUGGGGGCAUGGAACUUCCGAUGAUAACCAUCAAAGGUCUAUUUCGUACCCUGCUCGAAGGCAUUGCCACUGUCAUGGAAGAUCAGAUCAACAGAGCUUUGCAAAAAGGUUGUAGAGUGGAGAAAGUAAUCCUUCAAGGAGGUUUUGCUGCCUCGAAAUCCCUCCAGGAAUUCAUCAGAAGGCGUCUGGCAGAUUUGACCCAGCGUACUGGACACACAAUAAAGCUGACAAAGUCACCGAGCUCGGCAAACACCAUUACCGCCGUGGCAUCAGGAGCAGUAUUACGUGCCUUUAACAAGGAGCAGGGACCACGCAGAUUAGCGCGAUCUAGCUACGGUAUCCUACGCACUGAGCCGUUUGGAGACUAUCCGGACGAACAUAAGGGUGUGAAACCCUCUUAUGACCGGCACGACGGACUGCCAUAUGUGAAAAGAACGAUAGACUGGGUUCUGAGCAUGGGAUCUGAAGUUCCUCCAAUCUGGACGUGUAGACCGUUUCUUUGUUUCCAUACUUUUGAUUGCUGGCCAGUUCGCGAUCUGAUAUGCAAAGAAGAGCUCUAUGUCAUUGACCGUGCCCCACGGUCUCACUACAGGCUCUCCCAUGAAAUGAAUCAAGGUGCUGAAAAGGUUGGUGAAAUUGUUGUGGAUUUCACUUUCCUCCGGGACCAAGGUUUAAUCCAGCCGAUUGAGCCGGUGGCAAACCCCAACGGCAGGAUCGUUGGCACAAGACACUAUAAGGUGAACUAUACUAUGGUGAUCAGAGUUGUCGACCGCGAUCUGCAAUGUUAUGCAAUCUACAGCGGCAGAGUGCACAAGAGAUGCCGAAUCAACAUAGCAUCUGCUUUCAGACCUGGCGUGAAAUAG